AUGACUUCUCUUCUCUGGCUCACAACGGCUUUGGCUCGGUGGUUUCGCUUGAAGGUGUAUCAGUAUGAGGUGACUUUCGCUAUCUACAUGCUCACCCCUACCGAAAAAUUUAUCUUUAAUUCCCUCCUCCUGACCCUGCUCACGAUGAUUGUCACCGGCAUGUACGUCUACCUGCCGGACCACAUCAGGGCAAUUUACAGCCAUCUUUAUUACUACUGGGUGGGCGAACGACCCUUCAUCUCGUCCAAUCUGUCAUCCAUCAGCUCUGUUUUCCGUGAAAAUGGAACCAAGACCUUAGAGAUGGUAUAUGACACGGUCACAAACACGGCCGCAGCAGCUACCACCAACCCGAUUGCAGAGCUCUGA